AUAGCUCCGGUUCCUCAUCUCCAAUACUCCACUCUCCAACCCAUCGAAACUAAUUAUCAGAGUAAAAGCUCACAGCCAUGGGGAAAGAUUCCAAGCCCAAGGAUAGCAAGGGAAAGGGUAAACAGGCAGCCGGUGGAAGUGAUGACACUGGUUCAAAGGGUAAAGGAAAAGGUGGAAAGGGAGAUGGCCUUGGAACCUGUACAUAUGUGAAAGCAAGGCAUAUCCUAUGUGAGAAGCAGUCUAAGAUUAAUGAAGCAUACAAGAAGCUACAGGAUGGCUGGUUGGACAAUGGAGAUAAGGUUCCACCGUCUGAGUUUGCCAAGCUAGCUGCAGAAUAUUCAGAAUGUCCAUCAGGGAAGAAAGGCGGAGAUCUUGGAUGGUUUCCACGUGGCAAAAUGGCUGGCCCAUUUCAGGAAGUUGCCUUUAACACAACUAUUGGAGCUACGAGUGCACCAUUCAAAUCAACGCAUGGGUACCAUGUUAUUCUGUGCGAGGGAAGGAAGAACUGAUAUAUAUUUGACCUUCAAAUCAAGCUGGUUGUGGAAGCCACAAAAAUAGAGAUACUCAUGUAUUUGGCCAUCUGAUACUCAAUGCCAUAACUGUUUAAGACCAUUGCCUGUGACUAUGCAUACUUUCUUACAUAUGUUGUCCAUAAGAUAUAAUCUGGUAAAUCUCUUCCCCUGAAGCGAUUUCCCCAGAAUGAUGCUUGUGGGAAAAAAACCUUUAUGGGAUUGUUUAGAACACGAGUCUUGUCAUAUUCAACGCUUUCCCCAAUUAAGAUGGCCUUAAUUUCUGAUG